AUGGCAGCCAACGCGGCCGAGCAGGCGGCGGCCGACCUUGCCGCGGCGGCGGCCCUCGAGAACCUCAACGUCGACGACGACGGCGCGAUCGAGUCGGCUGUCGAGUCGCUGACGGCCUUCUUGUCGUCGCCGCGGUCGGACGCGGCCAUCUUGGACGAGGUCGUCAAGCAGCAGACGAAUGCGGCGCUGCUGGUCGGCGACCGCUUGGCCAUCUUCUUUGGCGCCGCCUUUACGGCGCAGAUUCUCGCCGUCAACGAGAUUGCCAAGUACGCGCGCGUGCUCGAGAAGCUCGUCGACUCGGAGCGCCUCCAGUUCCAGCUCAUUGCGCUCACCGAGCACUUUUGCGCGGUCAAGGUCCCCGCGCUCCUCCACUCGUUCCCCGUGAUUCUCAAGCUGCUGUACGACGAGGAUGUUCUGGCCGAAGACACGAUCCUUUCGUGGUCGGUCGACGAGACGCGUAAGAACUACGCGCACUACGAAGUCACGGACGCCCAUGCAAUUGCGCUCAAGAAGGCGCUGACACCCUUCAUCGACUGGCUCGAGAACGCCGAAGAGGAAGAGAGCGAUGAGGACGACGAGUAG